CUCAGAGUCUAACAGAGACAGGAUGGAUCACAAAGGGCAGAGUAACAGAGCCGUGCUGGUGUCGGUGGCACAGUUUGACCACGGGGUGCAGCUGGGGAGGAGGCCUGGAGCUGAGAGGGACGCCAAGAGACUCCACCGCAUCCUCAGCAAACUGGGCUUCAAGGUGGACAUCCACAGUGACCUGAGCAGUGAGGAGAUCUACCAGCUGUUUCAGAAAGAGAGCCGGAGGCCUGUGAAGGAUUGUUUCCUGGCCGUCUUGUCGUCUCACGGGGAGGAGGGCUGCGUGUUCGGAGCUGACGGGAAACCCGUCCAACUGUCUCGCAUCUUCGCAUGUUUCCACAAUGAGUCUAUGGAGAAAAAGACCAAACUCUUCCUCAUACAGGCCUGUCGGGGAAACGGUCUGGAUGGCGGCGUGGAGGUGGAUUCAGCAGCUGAUACCACAGUGGGCAGCUUCUCACUGCAUCACUCACUUCCUGUAGAUGCAGCUGUAAUGUACGCCACGGCACCAGGUUACGGAGCUUUCAUGCACCCACUGGGAUCAGUCUUCCUCCAGACUUUCUGCACUUUGUUAGAGAAGAAAGGCAACCGUGACCUGGAGCUGACCCGUCUGAUGACCCGCCUGUCCCACAGUGUGGCCUACACCUUCCAGGCCAAAGGUCGCCAACUGGCUGGGAAGAAGGAAAUGCCGUGCUUCGUGACACGACUGACCAGGGAAGUGUUCCCGUUCGCUGAGCCGGGGAAAGACAGCGGGGCCUCGGGGCUCUCCGCCACGUCCCUGCUCGGCCCUGAACACGUCAGAACACGGACUCCUUCCAUCAGUUAGACGGCAGCGGCGGAGAGUACGUGACUGCGUCUGAAUGUGUGUAGACAAUAAUUAUCACCACAGAUAUUCACACAAUGAGAGGAGAUAAGCUCCCACACACUGACGGCAGCUGAUGUCUCUGGGUUUUUCUCCUCACACACACACACACACACACACACACACACACACACACCUCUGACUUCCUGCAGAAAAACCCACACAUGGCAUCAAGGAAACAGCUGCUGCACAUGUGCACAUACUGUACAUACCUCUGGGCUAAAUGCCAUGGAUUUAAAUGUGACAUAUAAUUUAUUGCUGUUUUGUAUGUGAAUAAAU